CUCCUGUACGCAUGCGCACUGAUAGAAGCGGAUAGCUUACGACAGCGUAGCGGAGCCGCACGAGGAGAAGUAGAGGAAGAAAUUAAAGUAAAAACAAAGAAAUAAAGAAAAUAAAAGUGAGAAUAAAGAGAAGAGAGAGCGACAGAGGAGGGAUGAACCAGUUGGAGCGUCCAAAAGACGAGGAGGACCAGGAAGAGUCAGAGUGUCACCAGGACAACAGUGAUGGGACCAACAACAACAACAACAACAACAGACGCAAGACGGUGUGUCCGGCUGUAGGAGAACAUCCUCUUCAGUACAACUACACAUUCUGGUACAGCAGAAGAACUCCCAGUCGUCCUGCCAGUUCUCAGAGUUACGAACAAAACAUCCGACAGAUCGGCACCGUGGCAUCGGUGGAGCAGUUCUGGAGGUUUUACAGUCACCUGGUCCGACCCGGAGAUCUAAGUGGACACAGUGACUUCCACCUGUUCAAGGAGGGAAUCAAACCCAUGUGGGAGGAUGAGUCUAACCGCAGUGGGGGGAAGUGGAUCAUUCGACUUCGUAAAGGUUUGGCCAGUCGGUUCUGGGAGAACAUCAUACUGGCCAUGAUGGGAGAGCAGUUCAUGGUGGGAGAGGAGAUCUGUGGAGCUGUGGUCUCUAUACGCUUCCAGGAGGACAUCUUGUCAAUCUGGAACAGAACGUCCAACGACCAAACAACGACGUCCAGAAUCAGAGACACUUUAAGACGAGUCCUGAACCUUCCAACCAACACCAUCAUGGAGUAUAAGACCCACAACGACAGCCUCAGGGACCACUCAAGCUUCAGGAACACAAAGAUUUCCCUCUGAAGACGAACCCAUCAGCUGACUGUCCUCCUGUCUUAUCAGUAUGCAGAUUGUUACACUCUGCUCUCUCAUUGGCGUGUGUGUGUGUGUGUGUGUGUGUGUGUGUGUGUGUGUGUGUGUGUGUGUGUGUGUGUGUGUGUGUGUGUGUGUGUGUGUGUGUGUGUGUGUGACACACGCACGCGCCAAUAAACUGAUCGGGGGGAGGGGGGUUGGUCUCCUGUGAGGAUUUUGUAUUUUUGACUGUUUUUGGUUUGUUUGUGUAAAUAAAAGUGAAUCUUUUGUUUAUUUGUCUGAUAAAAUAACAAGUGAUGAAAUAUACAACACAGACGAGAUGAAUUCAGAGUCCAACUUUUUUUCACUGUUCAGUUUCUGAAAUAAAGGAAAUGAAUGUUUGCUGCA